AUGCCUCAACAAUCCCCGCCCCCCUCGCCCUCGCGGGAGGCAUAUUACCCCCUUACCAACCUGCGAGACACUGGGAGUGAGGACCGCACUCUUCCUGCACCCACCACCUACGACGAGUUCAAGAAGAGCAAGAAGAUGGACCACUACACCAGGACCACGCGAUGGAUCAAGCCUGCUGGCGAGAGUGGCCGCAAGGGCUUCCAUCCUAUACACUUUACCAAGAUCUCGUUCAAGUCGGCGAGUCGAGCUAGUUUGCUCUGCAAUUUGUUCUGGCCUGUUGUACCUGCUGCCAUUGCUGUUCGCUAUGCUCUUCCCGACCACCACACCCUCAUCUUUAUUCUCGCCUACAUCGCCAUGGUCCCUUGUGCCAACAUGAUUGGCUUCGCUGGCCAAGAACUCGCCCGAAAGCUGCCUCAUGUCUUUGGCGUCCUCACUGAGAUCACUAUCGGUUCCAUUGUCGAAAUUGUUCUUUUCAUGGUCCUUCUGAACAAGGACAUGUACUUCGUUAUCAAGGCUGCCAUCCUGGGUUCCAUCCUUGCCACUAUGCUUUUCUGCUUGGGCGCCUGCUUCUUUGUGGGUGGACUGCUGGAGGAGGAACAGACAUUCAACGAGGCGAUUAGCGAAGCCGGAAGCGGUUUGCUCUUCACUGCCGGUGUCGUUCUCGCACUACCAACCGUUUUCGAGCAUGGUCGAUUUGCCGGCAACAACGACACGGAUGCAGAAGUUGAGCACCAGACGCUGCAGAUCUCUCGCGUCAUCUCAAUCCUUCUCAUCAUUGCCUACAUCGUCUACGUCUUUUUCCAGACGCGAACUCACCACGGUAUCUACGACGCCAUCUUCGAGCACGACGAGCACCGUGACAAGGACAAGCACAAGGACGUUGACAAGGCCAAGCUCACCCUGACCGAGUGUGUCCUUGCGUUGGCCGUCUCCGUUGCUCUUGUGUCACUCAUGGCCGUCAUCCUGGUCUUGCAGAUCCACCAUGUUAUUGAGAGGGGAGAUGUGUCUGAUGCCUUCAUGGGUCUUAUCUUAGUGCCUUUUGUCGAGAAGUUUGCCGAGCAUCUCACCGCUGUCGAUGAGGCCUGGGACAACCAGAUGAACUUUGCCCUCUCUCACGUUCUCGGUGCUACUCUGCAGACCGCCCUCUUCAAUGCACCCCUGGCUGUCAUCGUCAGCUGGGGUCUCGGCAAGGAGCUUGAUCUCAACUUUGAUGUCUUCAACUUGGUCAUGCUUAUUCUUGGUAUCCUCACCGUUGGCCGAUUCCUUCAGGACCAGAAGAGCAACUACCUGGAGGGUUUCCUGCUCAUGAUUCUCUACGUGGCCAUUGCCGCUGGUGCGUGGUACUACCCUGACCCCGUCGAGCACGGAGCUUCCGGUGGAAGUGAGGGUGCAAGCGAGGGUGGUCACUAA